UCGACUCAUCUGUUUCUUUUGUGCUCCUUUCUGAGCUUCUCCUCGAGGGGGUCGCGGUGACUGAGAGCCCCCACCCCCUGUCUCUCUCUCUCUCUCUCUCUCUCUCUCUCUCUCUCUCUCUCUCUCUCUCUCUCCUCUCCCCCUCUCCCCCUCUGCCUCUCUCCCCCCCGGCUCCUCCUGCGCCCGCCCCGGCACCGAUUGUUGACAAAAGACGCUGCUAGACGGAGCCAAGGAGCCCAGCGCCCGGUACCGGUGAGCAGACCCGUCCGAUAACUUGACUUCUUCCCCCCGAACAGCUCGAGGAGGAGAAGAUCCGGCGGUGGCGGCCGGGGGGAGACUCCUCCUGCUCCCAGAAAACCGUGUGGCCGAGGUGAUUCGGUUGUCGGUGGUGGUCGGACCGCAGCGGGCCGGUGUGAAGUGCCCCCCACCCCCCCCACACAAAUUCCCCACCCCUCCUCCCCGGUCCUCCUGAAAACCACUAACGACUGGUAUUUACCGACAAAACCAGCGGCCAACAUGGGACACUCACUGUGAGCUAAGAGGAGGAGGAGGAGGAGCAGGAGGCAGCGGCCUUGGGCAGGUCUAUCCAGCCGGGAAUGGUGUGAGCUGACACGGCCAGGCAGUCUGGAUCUGACCGGGGACCCGUCAUUCCCCCGGAGCCUCCGCGGCUCCAAGCCGCGUCCUGAGCCCUCCAAGAUGGGGAAGUGCGACGGUAGAUGCACGCUGCUGGUGAUAUGUUCACUACAACUGGUGGCCGCCCUUCAGAGGCAGGUGUUUGAUUUCCUGGGUUACCAGUGGGCUCCCAUCCUGGCCAACUUCCUGCACAUCAUGGCCAUCAUCCUGGGCAUGUUCGGCACCGUGCAGUUUCGCUUCAGAUACCUCAUCUUUUAUGCAGUAUGGCUCGUCCUCUGGGUGGGCUGGAACUCCUUCAUCAUCUGUUUCUACCUGGAGGUCGGAAAUCUGUCUCAGGACAGGGACUUUCUCAUGACGUUCAACACAUCUCUCCAUCGUUCGUGGUGGAUGGAGCACGGCCCCGGUUGCCUGGUAACGCCAGUGCUAGACUCACGCAUGGCCCCCGAUGACCACCAUGUCAUCACCGUCUCCGGGUGUCUCCUUGACUACCAGUACAUCGAGGUGUUGAGCUCUGCCAUUCAGAUCUUGUUGGCUCUCUUUGGCUUCGUGUACGCCUGCUACGUGAGCAAAGUCUUCCAGGAUGACGAGGAUAGCUUUGAUUUCAUCGGUGGCUUUGACUCUUACGGAUACCAGCCUCCUCAGAAGUCCUCUCAUCUGCAACUGCAGCCACUGUACACGGCUGGUUAAUCGUCGGUAGCACCCCCCUCAGGCCAAAACCCCGACGGCGUCACUGUGGAUGGGAAGUGGCAGUGGCCCUGAUUACACUCACUCUGUGUGUCACAGUUUACCCGAGCAAUGGACUUAACCCCACCCAGAGGGAGAGGCGUCGUGUGCGUGUGUGCAUGUGUGCUUGUGUCUGAAACGGAGAACUACAGCCCUGAUUAGAAUGUACAGAGCUCAGGGAAGAACCAGCACGCCAGGUGGUCUGAUAAGAUGAAUGGAAAAGCAGGAGGCGGAGGAGGAGGGGGAUACAGAGAACAAGAGCUGGGGACACCUCUGUCAAAUCACAGAGGACACGCUUCACUAAACUGCCAGCUCUCAACACUCCCACAAGUGUGUGUGUGUGUGUGUGUGACUGUGUAACUCCACAGAACUAGCAGAUGCUUUGUGGUUGCACCCUGGACUCUUACCACUCAGUGCCGUUGUGAAUUUUCUUUUGUUUCGUUUUUUUGGAGUUCUUGUGUGUGACUGCGUGUGUGUGCGUGCGUAUGGGUGGGGUGGGGGUGGGGACGUAGGUGGGGUCACAUAAUAAAAAGAGGCACAGCUUGUACCUGUUGUCGUUUUAGAAUGUGGUGAUGUCAAAUUAGAGCAGUCUUUACGAGUCCCGCUCCCAAAGCCAUCUUCCCUCACUCACCUGCCGUUAAAAACCCCCGGUUGACAUUUAAGACUUUUACGUUACAGGUCAGGCCCGUCGAGGUCAUAAAGCAGAGCUGCUGGAGCGGAGGAGGUGAACUGCCUAAAGGAUCCCGCUGCUGGUACUUAAGGAGAUUUUAUUAUUGUGAAAAAACAACCCGUGAAAAGACCAAAUCCAACAGCUUGUGUCUCAUCCCACAAACCCAUUCAGUCGUGGAGAUCUUAACCUCUAAAAGUAGUCAUGGAAUAUAAGUUUUAAAAAACGACCUAAAUCAUCUGGACUCUAGUUUUAAGCAAUGCAAACCUAGUAAACCUAGUCUUUGUUGGGGACUGUUGUCAGCUGCCUAUUUGGGAUUGUCUCAAAAUAAACUACAUCGCCCAGCUCCAUUGUGAUGAGGGAAAAUGUCCCCCAGUGCAACACUGUGGCUCGCUGAUGUGGUUUUAAUAGUUUUGGACAACAAUAGACGACUAUGGAAAAAAUGCAAAGCCUAUUCCAGGCUUUGUCUACGCUCGUUUUGAAGGAUCCACAAAUUGCGGAUUUUGGUAUUUUUACUGGAUUUGUUGACAAUAAGAAAUGAAAGACUGGUCCGUUACAUUUCUGGGGAAACGACAAAAAUAAAGUCAAAUGACCAGUUUAAGUGAAGUUUUCAGGAGGAUAAAUUCAGCCUCACUGUACCUGUGAGGAUGUCGACUCUAGCGAUGCAGAUGGCUUUGGGAUCAGGCAUUAGUGUGUCUAUGGGGGGAGGGGGAUACUGUGCAUGUAAAUAACCAGCCAAUGAUUGUUUUGUUGGUUCAAUUUAGAGAAAAAAAAGAAGGGGGGGUCGGGGGUACAUUAGCAAGGGGUUGGGACUGGGGGAGAGGGGUACACAUAUCAAAGUUUUCGCUCAUACCUGUUUCUCUCGUCCUCUCACUGCCCAUCCGCAGCUUAGCCCUGCACCAUCACACAUACGCACAUGCCACACACUAUACGUUCUACCCCUGCAGCUCAGUCACUGGACCAAUAAUGGCGACCAAUGGUUUAAGGAAAACUCACGAUCACGCACGUCGACAUGCUUCCCUCUGAGUAGUUUUCGGUACCUGGGAUGGGGGAGAGGACGAGGGGAGGAGAGGCAGGUAUGAGGUGAAGACCUUAUUGGGUGUAAGGUGAAGUUUGAAAUAAUAAAAAAUACACUUUCUACAUUAAA